UGCCGCUUUACCCCCGGAAAGAGCCCCUGGUACCUACUGGAUAGGAGGCUGGGUGGGCCCCAGAACCUGUCUCUACAUGCAGAAGAGAAAUUUUUUGACACUACUGGAAUUCAAACUCCAACCUCUCACCUGUUGCUGUACCAACUACGCUGCCCCAACUCGAUACCAGCAUGGUUUUAUGAUAAUUUGCAUGGUGUGUUAUUUUUGUUACUUCCAUGUGGAUCAGAUGAUAAGUAAGAAUCAGUGUUCAGUCUAAACCUGCUUUAUUAAGACUGACUUUCUGAUACACAAGGGCGUUUUAUAUAUAUUCACACACAUAACCAUGGUAACACAUAACAAUAGAGAGAUUCUGUUUUUACACACAUAACAGUAGAGAAAUUAGGAACAGCGCAUGUAGCGCAGUCUGUUGUUAAAAUUGUUUACUAUGAUGUUGCCAACUCUAGCAUUAUAUUUUAACAUUAGAGAGUUGCCAACAUAACAUGGUGGUGGUGUGUAUGUUUGGGGGUGAAGUGAACUUUUUUUAGUUUCAGCUGACAUGCAUUAGUAUAGUAAUGACUGCUCAUGAGCUAGACAGACUGGAUUAAAUUCCCAGGUGUGAGAAUAUUUCUCAUACCCACCAUGUCCAGAUCAGUUCUGGCACUUAACCGGCAUCCUGUUCAAUGAACACGGGGCUGGAGCACAAAGUUGACCACUUAUCACUGCCUCCCAAGGUAAACUUCCACUCCCCUGAAUGUCGUCACAGCAUGAUGCUAACCAACCACAACAGUUAUAAAUUUUUUGAAAGCAAAAUUGAUAAUUUUAUUAACAUAUUUAUGUAUUAAUUUAUAUAUUUAUUUAUUUAUUUAUGGUUUAUUUAAUGAUGUUAUCAUUAGCUCAGCCUAUCAUGGGAUGGUAGGAUGAUUAGUGAAUAAUGAAUUGAAAAGGAUGUUGAAGGACAUGGUCAUGACUGUAGAGAAUCAUGAAUACCUGGUGUUCUGAGCAAGAUUUGAAUUUGAGAUGUACCAAGUACAGAACAGGAGUACUUUCCACUUGAACACAGUGUUUCAUAUUCUGCCGUAUUUUCAAUGUAUUUAUGAUAUUUAUGAAAAUUUAUGAACUUUAUAUCUACUGUACAUGUACUUUAGAUAUACUUAGAUAUACAUGUACUUUAAAAUCAUUCCCGUCUGAAUUAAAUGGGAGGUCAAGUAGUUCAACUUUGGUGAUAAGCAUAGAGUAGUGAGUUAAUAACUUUUAAUUUAUACACAUUAUACAAGGUAACAUCUUUGCUUUUGCACUGCGCUACUGUUAGAGGCCAUUAAUGUUUUUGGGAAGAAGUGACUGGAUUGAGUUUAUAUACGGGUAUAUGAGGUCUGAGUAAGAUUCUACGAUAUCUGUAAAUUUUAUGUCGAUUCCUCCUGUGGAUGGUGACAUUCAUUUCGUUUCCUAAGAUGCGAUGAAGUGACAUAGUUAGAAGAACACAAUUUCUGGCUGUUUGAAGGGUCAGUGUUUAUAGUGGGUGUUAUUUCAACAACUGCUGUGUUCACAUGCCAGAGAAUUUUAUACCAUCAGAUGUUGAGAAGAAUUCAAAGAGCCCGUGGUGUAUAAGCUGGUCCUUGGAAGUUGAUUAAAAAUCGUACAGAUUUGAACUAGAGUUUUAAAAUUACAAAUUUUGUCAGUAGUCACGGAAGAACUAGUACAAGUGAACUGUAAAGAGAGAAAAUAUUUGAAAUUAUAGGUUAUUAUGAGAAAGACUUCCCUGUAACCGAAGUAGCUAUGGAUGAAUUAUAUCUGCAAAUAUUAUCAGAACCAGUGGGGGGUUUUGCUGCAGUGCCAUUGGAUACACUGAUUACAUUAUUUACUUUGAAAUAUUGUAGACAGUCAGAAAAUUAUUUGAUAUUUGUUCUGAAGCCUGGCCAUAAGCCAUCAUUUAAUGUUAAGAUUAGAGGUUUUACUUUUGAAUUAAUUAAGGAAAAAGACAUAGCAGAUAUUGUCAGAACAUGUCAGUUGCCCAUAAUGCUUGUAGGAGAUGGUACUACUUGUGUUGCGGGUUUGUGUGCUGUAUUGCGGCGAGUUGUAAAAAGUGCUGUAAUGCAGAUAUCAGGACAUAGAUGUCGUUCUCUUCUGGGAUUUCGACAGGGCUGUCUAAUGGCAUGUGCUGAGUUUUCAGUAUGGACCCGGUUCUGUGAAGUAGACAUUAUAAAUACUGUGAGAAAUUUCAUGUGCAAAGAUUUUCUUCCUAAUUCAGUGACGCUUCCAGAAGAUGUGGCACGUUUUGAAAUUCAUAUGGGCCAACCAUUACGUAUUCACAAUGUUCAUAAGAGGAACCAAGAUUACAUUAAUUCUAAAGGUGUGACUUGUUUAAAAUCAAAAAAUAUGACCCAGAACAUGACAGAAGGAAAGCAUAUUGAGGGGGGACAGAAUCUGGAAAUAGAGUUGGAGCAUUGUUUUGCUGAGGGGCCAGUGAUGACCCUGGCUGAUAUUAUAAUUUUCCCUUGUAUGCACAUAAUCUUGCAGAUUGUUCGUAAUGUGUAUUUGCAGUCGUACAUUCCUUUAACAAUGCAAUGGUAUGAGCGCGUAAAAGUACAAGAUGGUGUAGAAGAAGCAAUUGGUAUCAUCAGAGAUAUUCCUAAUAAGAUUGUAGAUGAUCUGUAUGUUAAGUAUAUAUUACCUGAUGUUCCCAAACAGAGCUUGUAUAAAAGUGAUCCAAAAAGGUACAAGCCAAGGAAUCGCAUAUUUACAAGGCAGGAGGAUGUGGAAUCCUCACUAAAAGUGGUGGGAGAACUAGGUAUAAUUGUGGAGUGGCAGCAAUAUCCAUUUGGCUGUGAAUUAGAAUUUGAUUGGGGUGCAAUUCCAUAUGAUGCUCACCCAGAAGGAGGACAGUUGCCAGCAUUUCGCAUGGAAAGGAAAGGCCAGCAACUUGAAAAUCUGGUUAAAGCUGUAUUGAAAGUAGCAAAGCCUGGUCAUACCAUAGUAGACUUUUGUUCAGGAAGUGGCCAUCUUGGUAUCAUACUCGCUUACCUGUUGCCACGUUGUCGGAUAAUACUGUUAGAAAACAAAGAAGAGUCCCUUGCAAGAGCCUGUCAUAGAGUUGUGAAGUUAAAAUUAACUAAUGUUACAUUUUGCCAGUGUAAUCUUGAUUAUUUCUGUGGGGAAUUUGAUGUAGGUGUAUCAUUACAUGCCUGUGGAGUGGCUACAGAUCUAGUAAUUCAACGAUGUAUCAGUCAGAAUGCAGUGUUCAUUUGCUGCCCCUGUUGCUAUGGUUCAGUUCAAAACAAUCAUAUCUUAACAUACCCACGUAGCAAGGUUUUUCGAGAUUCUGCAUUGUCUCUCCAUGAGUAUUUGGUAUUGGGACACUCGGCUGACCAAACUCAUGAUGAACAUAAUGCCAAAACCGAUCAGGGGAAAACAUGUAUGGGCAUAAUUGACACUGAUCGAUGCCUGCAGGCUAAAGAAGCUGGCUAUGCAGUAACUCUAGCAAAAUUAAUUCCAGAAACUUGUACACCAAAAAAUAAUUUGCUGGUUGGGAUACCACAAAACUGGCAAUGAUUUAGAAGAUGUAUUUUAAUAUAUGUCAUUUAGCCAGUCCCCUUCAAAGUAGUUAUUGUGCGCAUGGAAAUUUAGUAACAUGACCGAGGUUUGUGACAUUCCUAUAGUCCUGUGAACUUAUUCCAAAACAUGCUUUACAGAAUGUUUUCUGUAAACAUAAUAUAACUGGCAUGUGAAUUGCUUUUCAUGGCAUAAUAACACGUUCGAUAGUAUAGUUUGACCAGGUGAAGCCAGUGUUCGUACUGAUGGUUCUGAAUCCAGAAGUGGCAUGUUUGCUUGUUAAUUGCUUCUGUGAACUAUAAUAAAGUAACAUCUAUUUCAGGGUACUCUAUUUUUAGUACAUCCAAUGUAAAAAUUAUGAGCUGUAACAAGUAUUUUGUUUUAGUUAGUACUGUUAAUUUAAUUAUGUUAAGAAUUUUUUAAGAGAGUACUUUUACAAGGGUUUCACUAUAAUGAGUGCUCUCAUCUCUUUUUUGGAAUUAUGUAAACACACAUUAAAUAACAUGGCUUAGCCU